AUGCUGCUGAAGCUCAAGCGACUGCAAGAUACGAGCAAGAACUUCUGUAUCCUCUUGAGAGGGAAGGUUGGACAGAUGCUGAAAGAUGCUUUGCAGGAGAAGGAUGUCAACCGAUUGUGCGAGGUGGCCAACAACGCGCUCAGUUACGGGGGCAGUUCUUUGAUGGGCGUGGAGCUGUAUUGCGAGAUGUUCAGUCGAUACCUUAAAGAUUACGCCUCCGUCUUUGGCGACAGACGAGAUGAGGCCCUAUUUGGCGGUUGUGAAGUACGUGGCUCGAAAUGCGUGUACAGGGAGAGGACCUCCAAGGAGCCAGACUUCGCACCGCGGUUCAAUCAGAAUACUCUCUACUAG